AUGCUGCGACGAAUCAUGGAGAACAUGGAAGCCGAUUUGAUGAGGAAUCAUGGACGUUUCUUGAAUUCUCAUAGUGGGAAGUAUCGUGAGAUAUCAAGGAAGAACUUUUCAAUCUCAAACAGGUGGUUACUGCAACUGCUAGAAGCAACCAUGUCGACCAUCAAGUGCAUUGCACAGCGGAAGUGGCAAGGACUAUGCACUUUAUACUGGCAAGUAACGUGUUCGAGUAUCAAGUAUGAUCAAAGAUGGGUAUCUUGUUAA